AUGGCAACUCUGCAGAAAUUCAAGCUCCUGGCGUGCGCUGUCGCCGCCAGUCCUGCCAGGAGUCCGUCGGCGAGUCCGGUGAUCCACCUCCGCCGGAGAAGAACACUCCGAAUGCUGCUCAGCCGCGCGACGGGCGGAGCCGGAGGCGGCGGCGGGAGACGGCUGCCUCCGCGGUGCUGCGACGCUUCCACCGAUCGGAGGGGGAGCAGCGAGAAGAGAAGCGCGCCGGAGAAGGGUAAAGAGUCGUUGGUGAGCAACAAGCUGAAGGAUUUGUUUGUUUCGUCGCCUCCGCCGAUGGCGGAGGCUGUUUCGGAAAAUGUGCGAGAAAUGCUGCUGCCGUCCGGCGGCGAAUUGAGGAGAGGUGAUGGACGCUCGCUCCGGCCGCUGUCGGCGACUUUCCGGCAACGAUUGUUGUUGAGGAGAGCGUGGCGGCCGGUGCUCGGCGGGAUUCCGGAGUGA